GAGGAGUUCCCCAAAACUUGUCCCAACUCCGGGCUAGUGCGGAGGGCAGGAGCGGAGCAGCAGAGCUGCCUGGGCGAUGCGAGAGCGGGCAGGACAGUGAACCCCUCUCCGUCUUCGGGCUGCAAGCGCGCGGGACAGAGGCCAAGACAGGAGCGGAUAAAGGCAAGACCCAGUGCGGCGGGAACCACAGAGGACUUCCUAGGGCGACAGGAGCAGCACCGAGAGCCAGGGCGACCUCCUGACGGAGCCACCACUAGUCCCAGGUGGCCCUGACCGCACGCCGCGUCCGCGCCGCUCCCCGCAGGCGACAGGAGACGCCCCCUGUGCAGCACGAGCGCCGCAGCCCGGUCGCUCUCCCCAUCGAGGGACAAACUUUUCCCAAAUCCUAUCUAAGCCCUCGGACCAAACUUGUCGCGCGUCGUCUUCCCCUGGAGCCGUCCGCGCGGAGUGUGCACUUCUCAGGCGAGAUGUCCGAGCGCAAAGAAGGCAGAGGCAAGGGAAAGGGCAAGAAGAAGGACCGAGGCUCCGGCAAGAAGCCCCCGUCCGCGCCCGCGUCCGGCGGCCAGAGCCCAGCCUUGCCUCUCCGAUUGAAAGAGAUGAAAAGCCAGGAGUCGGCAGCAGGCUCCAAACUAGUGCUUCGGUGUGAGACCAUUUCCGAAUAUUCCUCUCUCAGAUUCAAAUGGUUCAAGAAUGGGAAUGAAUUAAACCGAAAGAACAAACCACAAAACAUCAAGAUACAAAAAAGGCCAGGGAAGUCAGAACUUCGCAUUAACAAAGCAUCACUGGCUGAUUCUGGAGAAUAUAUGUGCCAAGUGAUCAGCAAGUUAGGAAAUGACAGUGCCUCUGCCAAUAUCACCAUUGUGGAUUCAAAUGAGAUCAUCACUGGCAUGCCAGCCUCAACUGAAAGAGCGUAUGUGUCUUCAGAGUCUCCCAUUAGAAUAUCAGUAACAACCGAAGGAGCAAAUACUUCUUCAUCUACAUCGACAUCUACAACCGGGACAAGCCAUCUUGUAAAAUGUGCAGAGAAGGAGAAAACUUUCUGUGUGAAUGGAGGCGAGUGCUUCAUGGUGAAAGACCUUUCCAACCCCUCAAGAUACUUGUGCAAGUGCCCAAAUGAGUUUACUGGUGAUCGCUGCCAAAACUACGUAAUGGCCAGCUUCUACAAGCAUCUUGGGAUUGAAUUUAUGGAAGCGGAGGAGCUCUACCAGAAGAGAGUGCUGACCAUCACUGGCAUCUGCAUCGCCCUGCUAGUGGUUGGCAUCAUGUGUGUGGUGGCCUACUGCAAAACCAAGAAGCAGCGGAAAAAGCUUCACGACCGGCUCCGGCAGAGUCUUCGGUCUGAGCGGAACAACAUGGUGAACAUAGCGAACGGGCCUCACCACCCUAAUCCACCCACCGAGAACGUUCAGCUGGUGAAUCAAUAUGUGUCUAAAAACAUCAUCUCCAGUGAGCAUAUUGUUGAGCGAGAAGUGGAGACGUCUUUUUCCACCAGUCACUACACCUCGACAGCUCAUCACUCCACCACUGUCACACAGACUCCUAGUCACAGCUGGAGCAAUGGACACACCGAAAGCAUCAUUUCAGAAAGCCACUCUGUAAUCAUGAUGUCAUCCGUAGAAAACAGUAGGCACAGCAGCCCAACUGGGGGCCAAAGAGGACGUCUUAAUGGCAUAGGAGGCCCUCGUGAAUGUAACAGCUUCCUCAGGCAUGCCAGAGAAACCCCUGACUCCUACCGAGACUCUCCUCAUAGUGAAAGGUAUGUGUCAGCCAUGACCACCCCGGCUCGUAUGUCACCUGUAGAUUUCCACACGCCAAGCUCCCCCAAAUCGCCCCCUUCGGAAAUGUCUCCACCUGUGUCCAGCACGACGGCAUCCGUGCCCUCCAUGGCAGUCAGCCCUUUUGUGGAAGAAGAGAGACCUCUGCUUCUGGUGACACCGCCCAGGCUGCGGGAGAAGUGUGACCACCACCCUCAGCAAUUCAACUCCUUCCACCACAACCCCGCGCAUGAGAGCAACAGCCUGCCCCCGAGCCCCUUGAGGAUAGUGGAGGAUGAGGAGUAUGAAACGACCCAGGAGUACGAGCCAGCUCAAGAACCUGUUAAGAAACUCACCAACAGCCGGCGGGCCAAAAGAACCAAGCCCAAUGGCCACAUUGCCAACAGGUUGGAAAUGGACAGCAACACAAGCGCUGAGAGCAGUAACUCAGAGAGUGAAACAGAAGAUGAGAGAGUAGGUGAAGCGACACCUUUCCUGGGCAUACAGAACCCCCUGGGAGCCAGUCUUGAGGCAGCACCUGCCUUCCGCCUGGCCGAGAGCAGGACUAACCCAGCAGGCCGCUUCUCUACACAGGAAGAUUUGCAGGCCAGGCUGUCUAGUGUAAUCGCUAACCAAGACCCUAUCGCUGUAUAAAACCUAAAUAAACACAUAGAUUCACCUGUAAAACUUUAUUUUAUAUAAUA